CAGUUGCUGCCCCCCACACCUCUAGGAGCCCAGCCAACUUACCUACUGCAGCUUUGCACACGGGGCUGUCUUCUCUUCCUCAGUGCAGGCUUAGCCUGGAACUCUACAACAGCUGGGCUGUGGACACCCAAGAACUUGCCCACAGGAACCCCAAGGCCUGGAGGCUGUCACCCUGGGACCCAUAACCCCCAUCCAGGGUCAGCCAGUCACCAAGUGCUCACUCCUUACCCUCCUGUGUGCCAGGCCCCUACCAGGUGUCGUCUCCUCAAUAAGAGUGUGGGCUUUGGAGCCAGGUGAAGGUUUGGGUCCAAAAGUACUAUGUGCUGGUAGAAGAGUCACCAUCUCUUUGGACAAACUGACUCCUGUUCCAAGUUGUCCAGGCCUGAAUCCAAGACCUUGACCUAGAGCCUCCUCCUGACCAGAGCAUGGGAGGGGGCUGAGCCCACACAGCUGGCUUGGCCUCAGGCCUGGGACUUUUGCCCAAGGACGAGGAGAACCAUAAAAGUAGGCCCAGCUUUCAACCUCACGCCUGCCACAAUGCUGCUGCUCAGUCUGACCCUUAGCCUGGUCCUCCUCGGCUCCUCCUGGGGCUGCGGAGUUCCUGCCAUCAAGCCACUACUGAGCUCCAGCCAGAGGAUUGUCAACGGGGAGAACGCAGUGCCAGGCUCCUGGCCCUGGCAGGUGUCCCUGCAGGACAGAAGUGGCUUCCACUUCUGCGGAGGUUCCCUCAUCAGCCAGUCCUGGGUGGUCACUGCUGCCCACUGCAAUGUCAGCCCUGGCCGCCACGUUGUUGUCCUGGGUGAGUACGACCGAUCAUCCAGUGCGGAGCCUUUGCAGGUUCUGUCCAUCUCAAAGGCCAUCACGCACCCUUCCUGGAACCCCAACACCCUCAACAAUGACCUGACUCUACUGAAGCUCGCCUCCCCAGCCCAGUACACAAAACGCAUCUCACCAGUCUGCGUGGCCUCCUCCAAUGAGGCACUGCCUGCGGGCCUCAAGUGUGCCACCACUGGCUGGGGACGUCUCAGCGGCGUGGGCAAUACGACCCCAGCACGCCUGCAGCAGGUGGCCCUGCCCCUGGUCACCGUGAAUCAAUGCCGGCAGUACUGGGGCUCAAGCAUCACUGACUCCAUGAUCUGCGCAGGCGGCGCAGGGGCCUCCUCGUGCCAGGGAGACUCCGGAGGCCCUCUGGUCUGCCAGAAGGGGAACACAUGGGUGCUUGUUGGCGUCGUCUCCUGGGGCACCAGCAACUGCAAUGUGCUCCAGCCUGCCAUAUACACUCGGGUUAGUAAGUUCAGCAACUGGAUCGACCAGGUCGUAGCCUCCAACUGAGCCGGCCACAGGUCCUCUCCCCAUCUCAAUCCAAUAAAGACCCUGUGCUCUGUC